CCCACACAAGCUGAAACCAUCACUUACACACCAGACCUCCCCCCAUCAGCCAAUAAGACUCACGAAGGAGGCGGCAGACCACUCAAGCACACGUAUAGCGUCUCCGAGUGGCAAAAUCAGCCGUGUAUAGCUAGACGGGUCAGACCACUUCAUCAUUUGUCAUCUCGUCCGUACAGACACAGGCAGUGAAUGAAAAAUGUCACGGCAUCCGCACCACUUGCAGAAAAAACACAUCCACCGUGAAGCUGCCCAUGCACACGGCAGACACGAUGUAGCACUGCUGUGCGUUGACCUGCACCGCGCUCUAUGUGUCAGCUGUGUCCUCGUGGUCACUCACGGGGGCAUGCUGGCGCCUAUCACGCCAUCCGCCCACGUCUCCUCUUCCGACUGAAGCCCACUCAGACACACAGAAAAUGCCUGCGAUGGGCCAGUGUGUGCCUGGCGUGACUGCUGCAUCGCGUCGGUGGCCGAAGCUGUGAGCUGGGCCAUCGGGAGCACACCGAAAGAACAGUCAAUUUGACCAGAGACGAUGGGGAAGAGCCACCAGUGCCGUGUACCGUCCUCAGUGUCGCUGCCCCAUGCCACUAUUGAGCCGCCGCUAUUCGGCUGAUCACCGGGGAGUGGCCUGCGUGCAGAUGGCACCAUGUACACAUGCGCCCUCUUCUGAUGUCGUAUGCUGCUUACGGUGCCAUGUAGCUGGACUGAGUCCACAUGUCCGGUGCCUGCUGCUCCACAAACGGGUUUCCGUCGACAUCCAGCACGUCGAGGGAUGGCCUGCAUCCACAGAUAGCCGCAAUGCCCAUAUAGGCACGCCACUCAUCUGCUUGAGACGUCCCUCUGCUUACGGUGUCGCCUCGCCGUCGGUGCUCGAUGUCCCAGCUGCUGCGUGGCUGCCGUAAAUGCCGCCUUGUGCAUGAUUGAUCACCAUGCCGGCAAACACGAAGGCCGGCGGGGCUGCACAACCAACAGACACAAUGGAAGCGGGAAGCUAAGAGAAGGUGACCUUCUUACGUACGUGUGUUUGUGACGGUCAUCGGCGGCAAGGGCAUGGUAGCGGUAGCACGCUCCUAUAUGCACCAAACCACAGCGCAAAGAGAGCAUGACUAGAUCUAAGCGGUGCCAACGGCCUGCUCACUGACCUGUAGGUCGGCCUUCGUUAGUUUGUGUGUCUUCUGCAUGUGCGAGUUUACGACAUUGCGGAACGUGUUCUGCUUGCCGCAGAUGCCACUCCCGCCAGCACACUGCACCACACACGUGGCGCACAGCUUGUCGCUCGGGCCCUUCUUGACUGGCACAUAGGGGACCACACACACCAGCCGCCCUCCAUGGUACACGCGCAUGCAGCAUUGGAUGUCGAAGUCCGUCGCCUGCUCGCGCGGAUCCAUCGCCGGCUUGCGGAACACCUGCAGGCGAUACAGGUUGCGGAAUGGCCGAUGGCGGCUGUCCUCGUCGAUGGCGGCCGGCAGGAGGGCCACCUGGUACCCCGGCUGACCGAUGAUGCGCUCGGCACUCGCCACGGUGAGCCACACGUGGCGGUGCUCUGCGGGGGCGUCCAUGUUCGUGGGGUCGGCAAUCGACUGGGAGUGUUUGCGGUCUAUCUCGGCGGGAUCCCACUGGUCGCGGAGGCCACGGAGAAGAAAAGCAUAUGGCAGGCCACCUGCACAACAUACACACCAGUCAGUCAUGCAAUGCUUACUUUCUUCGGUCUGUGUGACGUACCCUCCAUCUCCCAGUGCCCGCCAAGGCCAGACUGCAGAGGGGUAGAAGCGACUGGCAGACCGGCUGGACGACCACACAAGCAGGAUGCCCACGCAGCGCAGUGCACGCAAGUGUGUGACGUACCACUCAUCCCGCUGGGCUGCUGACGUCCACGCGAGCCACAUUCCUGCACAGAUGUAAGUACGCCUGUAGCUGUAAGUAUGUCUGAAGGUGUAAGUCCGCCUGAAGCUGUAAGUACUUCCACAGGUGUAACUACUACCAAGAUCGAGAAGAGAAAAGAGUGGGUGAUUGUGAGAAGCCUUGUUCUUUUCGUCUGGAUCUCUUCUCGAACCAACAGAGGCCGGCUGCGUACGCAGCACAGAUGAGGAGCGGCUGCGUCGCUCUGACACCACCGCUCCCGCGACAAGAUCUCGUCCUCUGCUGAGGAGGGGGGACCUACAAGCAACACACCACGCACAAAAAGAGG